CAGCCACAACAAGGCUGGAUCCGAAUCGCAAUAAAUAAACCUACUCUUACUCCAAAGCACACAUAGGUCUUACUGACAUCUAUUCCACUUCAACAGAACACCGUACUGUCACUCCCGCAACCCCCUUACAGAUCUUCUCGGAGCGGAAUCGUGCAUUGUCCUUGUGGCCCACACCCCACGAUCGCCGGCCGCCAUGCCGUUGAGAGAUGUCCUCCAUAAGAAAGAUAAGAUCAAUGACAGCAAUGGCGUCCCAGCGACUCCUGUUUCUCCAAGCGCUCCGCCAGAAUUCCGGUUCUAUCGCACCGAUACCAACAACCAAGAAGUGAUCCAACCGCCGGCAUUCGACGAGGACGACAGAAACCGCCAUCAUUCUUCUGGAGAAGACAAACACGGCUCAUCGCAGAAACGCUUGUCGAUCUUUCAUCGACCCUCUAAUAGGUCCUCGUCGCUCUCGCCUAGCGCUUCCCCUACAAGGACCAAAGGCGAAAGACGAUUGUCUUCUCUGCUGCAUCUCGAUGGAAGAAGAUCCCGGAGUACGAGCUCCACAUCGAUCAAUGUUCCUGCGGACCUUCCGCAGAUCGAUACCAGUGUUGGUGACAAGCAGGAUAGAGAGGCGCAGUGGGAAAAGCGCGCGACGAUACUGGUGCAAGGAAACCCGACUCUGAGUCCUCUGAGUCCGUCAAGUCGUUCCUCCAGUUUCCUUGGAGAUCAGGGAUCCACGGGCAGUGGACGACCGAGAAGUUCUAGUUCUGCCAGGAUCAACGAUCCGGAAGGAGAUGUCAACAUACAAGAAGCAAUUCGACUACAUGAGGCUGGAGAGUUGGCCAGAUCGACGCAGAUGUUUGGCACGCUGGCGGAUCCAGAUGGUGCCAAUAAUGCGUUGAGUCAAGUGUUGUAUGGUCUCGCCUUGCGACAUGGCUGGGGAUGUGAGCCAGAUCCUGCGAAGGCAGUGACCUAUCUCUCGGCGGCGGCAUCGAAUUCGGCCUCGAUAGAGGCGCAAGCUCUUGAAGCAGGUAUGAAGAGGGGAGGUGCUGCCAAAGGAGAGCUGGUUCUGGCCAUAUUUGAGUUGGCCAACUGCUUCCGCAAUGGCUGGGGCGUCGCGAAAGAUCCUGUUGCUGCCAGGCAGUACUAUGAGACAGCUGCCAAUCUCGGCGAUACCGAUGCGAUGAACGAAGCUGCCUGGUGCUAUCUAGAAGGCGUUGGAGGGAAAAAGGACAAGUACAUGGCCGCCAAAUACUACCGACUCGCGGAGGAGAACGGCAGCAAGACCGUGGGCAAUUCCUGGAUAUGGAAGGAAAAAUAUGAUCCGAAGUGAAAUAUAGGAUCGUGAUGGACCCCACCUUAUCUGGUUCGCCAGUCGUGCUGAGCCAUCACAAGGAACGACGGUUUAGGCUAAACCAUCGCCGUAUACACGGCUUCCUGGGUCAAGCUCAGCUCGGCCUCAAG